GUUAUCACAAAAAAUAUUUAUCAAAAACUCACACUGUCACAAUUAAAAGUCGAAACUCUUUUGACGGUUUUUGUUUUUCUCCAGCAUGUUGACAUUCAACAUGGCGGCAUGUCGUCAGUGCUGUGCUGUGUCGUGCUUGUGUAACUAAGAACCUCGAAAUUUAGCAUAGAAAAUUUGAAGUAACAAGUAUACAGCGCAACUACGGGCCUUGAAGAAAAUUAUGAGCAUUAUAGCACAAAACGCACCCAGCACGCAUUGAAGACAUCUGAGGAUUUUUUAUUUAAUUUUUCAUACGUUUCAUACAAAUUUUGAGUGACUGUGAGUUGUAAUUUUUUAUACCAUUGGAUUGUCUUUUUUUCACUUGAUAUAUUGUGAACUUGUUGGUAAUUGAGUAUAUUGUGAAUGGAAUCAUUUUGAAGUGGGUAAUUUUUUGAUGAUUCGGCUGCCAUAAUUGACUUUGGGGGUAUUUAUUAAAUAAAUACUGUUUUUUUAAACCAUUCUGUGAUAUUCACUACACUUAAGAAACGAUAAAAGAAGUGCAAAGAUUAAAAAGAAGAAGCAAAAAACCAUUGUACCAAAUAUGUCCACGAAUCCUCAGUGGAAAAACUUCCAGCCGCCCCCUGACACCAUCACUCAGGAUACUAGCAUCAUGGAUUUUAAACCUAUGGCCAGUACUGGCAAACCUUCUCAAGCAUUCAACUUCACUCGAUCAACGUCAUCUUCUCGUUUCGGAGAUUUUCCGUUGCUGCAAGAAAAAUCGUUACAACCUUACAACAACGGUUUAUAUGGCUCCUCGAGUACCACACAUACAUCGCCCCGUUUUCCCAUCGGUACUUUCUCCUUAGACAGCACCAAUAAUGUCUACAACAGCAGCGGUGAUAAUUCAUUGAAUAAUACCAGCAUCUUCUCGAAUGGAAACAAUACUAGUACUAGCUACAACAAUGAUUCUUCUAAUUCCUCUAAUUUGGGUACUAGAGAAACUGGAAUUAUUGAAAAACUUCUGCACUCGUACGGGUUUAUUCAAUGCUGCGAACGCCAAGCGCGUCUCUUCUUCCAUUUUAGUCAGUUUAGUGGAAACAUAGAACACUUGAAAAUUGGGGAUCCUGUCGAAUUUGAAAUGACAUACGACAGACGUACCGGAAAACCCAUUGCAAGCGCAGUUACGAAAAUUGCCCCAGAGGUAGUUAUGAGUGAAGAACGUGUGACCGGUACGGUAACUACAGAAUUGAGGUCUGCUGAGGGUUCGGCUGGUGACACCACUGGAAGAAUUAGUUAUGAAAAUCGAGGAGAAUGCUUCUUCUUGCCUUACACCAAAGAUGAUGUCGAAGGAAAUGUAACAUUAAGAUCUGGAGACAAAGUUAGCUUUCAAAUUGCAACCAACAAUCGAGGAAACCUUGGUGCCUGUCACGUUAGACUGGAGAAUCCUGCUCAUCCUGUUAAAUAUCAAGGAGUUGUAUGUUCGAUGAAAGAGAGCUUCGGUUUUAUAGAAAGAGCGGAUGUAGUAAAAGAAAUAUUUUUCCAUUUCUCUGAAGCGAAAACCAAAGAAGAAUUGAGAUUAGGUGAUGAUGUAGAAUACAUAAUUCAAACAAGAAAUGGAAAAGAGGUGGCUUGUAAUAUCACCCGUUUACCACCCGGUACUGUCAUAUUUGAAGAUCUGAAGGCGGAUAUAAUGAAAGGACAAGUACUGAAACCUAUCGAUCGAGGACCACGUAAUCCAAACGACGCUUUACCGGGUCGAAUCAGGUACCGGGCAGCAGAUCAUUCAGAAGUCGAAAUAUCUUUCAGCGAAAAAGAUCAAAUGGGAGAUUUUACUCUACGUCACGGUGAUUGGGUACAGUUCCAAAUAGCUACCGAUAGAAGGGAUGCUUUGGAUAGAGCAACUCACAUCAUGUUAUUGGACGAAAGCUUCAAAGUAUCGGGCGAGAAAAGAGAACAAGGUGUAGUGUGUUCUGUAAAAGAGGGAUUCGGUUUCCUGAGGUGUGUCGAGAGGGAGGCGAGGCUGUUUUUCCAUUUUAACGAAAUAUUGGACGUCGAACGUACCAACGAGGUGCAAGUAGGCGACGAGUUCGAGUUCACUGUCGUUCAAGAUCAGACGAGCUCGGGCAUGUUUUCAAGCAAUCGACAAAGUGCCAUUAGAAUGAAAUGGUUACCGCCGGGUACUGUACAGUUUGAAAUAAGAAUAGAAAACGACUUAACGGGUAUCGUGACAAGUGACUUACCGUUGAGCAAUUGGAACAACAGAAGCCCUACGAAGAAUCAAAACGGUUUGACCGGAGAAAAUAGUAAUCCAGAAUGUGGAUUGAUCGGUUAUAGCAUCAAUGGAAUUAAAAAGACAAUUUCUUUUUAUGCUAAAGACUGCAAUCCAAAACAAAUACCAAGAGUUGGAGAUAAGGUUCAAUUUAAUAUCAAUCAAGUGAAGAGGAACAAAGAAUUUAUAGCGGUAGAUGUACAGAUAGUUCAACCCGCUAACCAAACCAAUGGAAUUAAACAAGUAAUAACAAGAAAUAACGGUGCACAAGUUUACCAAGGAUUCAUAGCAGCAUUGAAAGAUGGUUUCGGUUUUAUUGAAACAAUGCAACAUGAUAAAGAAGUUUUCUUCCAUUUUAGUAAUUUCGGGGGCGAAUCUAGUAGUCUAGAUUUAGGUACUGAAGUGGAAUAUAACUUAGGUACCCGUGGUAAUUCCGGUUCUUGUUCUUCUGCCGAGAACGUUAAAGUUAUUCCAAAAGGUACCAUUACUCUACCGGAAUACCAAGGAGAUAUACUAGAAGGUACCGUCGUGAGACCUUUGCGAUCCGUAAACCCCGAUCAGAAUGAGUACUCCGGACUUAUCAGAACGAAAAGUGAAAAUCACAAUGAUAAAGUGGAAGAAUACGAAUUUGGAAUUAUGGGAUUGGUUAACAAGAGAGAAUUGUUACAGGUUGGUGAUCACGUUCAAUUCCAGGUCGAUACCACCGGCAGAGCUGCUAACAUAGUGGCCGUGAGGAAAAAACUAAAAGCUACAGUCGAUGCUAUCAAAGGUCAUUUCGGUUUUCUGGCUUAUGAAGUCGAAGAAGGAAAAAAGCUAUUUUUUCACAUGACCGAAGUUAAAGAUAACGCCAGUCUACAAGUUGGAGAUACCGUUGAAUUUGUCCUCGUCACCAAUCAUAGAAGUGGAAAAUCCUCCGCUUGCAAUGUUGUUAAAGUCAGCAACUGCCAUUUGUAUUACAGUGAUGUCCAAGCCCGACCAGAAAGACUAAUAAGUAGACUGCGAACCAUUUCGGUGGACGAUACAGGACCGAAACUAAUGGUGAUGCGUCAACCAAAAGGACCUGACGGCUCUAAGGGAUUCUCGUCUGAGGCACGCUCGAAUCGCAUACCCGGUGUCGUGCCUAAAUAAAAAAAUUAAUUCUUAAAGUAAAUUGCAUAGUCAAAGUCAUUUUUCAUUAUUGUCAUUUACAAAAAAAAACUGUAGGAUCUAACUUACUCUUGUCUUGUAGCAAUGGAGUUGGUUUAAUAUACUGUAUUAUAUAAAUUAAGGGAUGUCUAAGUAAGAACAAUAUUUUGCAGGUUCUAGACAAGAAUAGAUAGAGUAAUUUUGGAAGACGCCGUCCUUUUUAAUUUAAUUUAGACAUAAUUAUUUGUUGAAAUAUAAGAAAUCUAGUUUCAUUUUAAUAUAAAUACACUAAAAAAAAACGUAAUCAUCAUGAAUGUCAUUUUAAAAAUAAUUUAACUUAUAGAGAAGUUGAUUAUAUUCAUAUUCAAUUACUAUACAAUGACAUUGCCUGAUCCUUCCAGCCGGAUAUGGAUCUAUAGAAGGCUCGAAAGACCAAAAAGUGUAAUUGUUAAUAUCGUUACUGCAUAUCUUCAACUAAAAUGGAAUUUUUUUUCUAUAAAGUUGCCAGUUGCUACAACGAGACUCACAGUAACAUGAUCUGGUACUUCGAGCCGGAUAUUAAUCACAUAGAAGGCUUGAAGGACCAGAUAAUGUUAUUGUUAGUGUCGUUACUAUAUAUCUUCAACUAUAAUCGAGUUCGUUUUAACGUUGAGAUGAAUUCUCUCUUUUCAACGCGAAAAUUUAUAUUGUUGCAAGUUUCUCCACAACGUUUCACGUUGAAAUGGUUUAAAAAGCUCCUCCAGUCCUAAAUCUAAGGUAAUAGCACAAUUUUGGAUAAUUUGGUUGAUAAAUAUAGCAUCAAACUCUAAUUGUAGUGCGUUUUCACGAAUAUGUAUUUUAUAGUUUCGAAAUAAGAAAUCUAGUUAGAUUCUAAUAUAGAUAGAUACACUAAAAAAUCAUAUUAAAUUCUAAACUAAAAUUAACUUCAGGAAACAAUGAUAAUCAUUCUAAUAAACUGCAACAACACUCACAGUAACUUUAUCUGGUCCUUCCAGUCGGAUAUUAAUCACCUAAAAGGCUCAAAGGACCAGAUAAUGUAAUUGUUAGUGUCGUUAUUGCAUAUAUUUUAUAAUCAAAUUCGAUGUAGAGAUGAAUUUCAAUUUUCUAAAAUGAAAUUUUCAAGAAAAAAAUUCUUCAAUACCAAAAUUGCCAGUUUUAUCUCGAUGUUGCCAGUUGUUUCAUAUUGAAAUGAUGCUAAGUCUUAAAUCUCUCUUAAAAGGACAAUUUCGAAUAAUGUGGUUAAUAAAUCUUUCUCCAAAAUUCAGUUAUAGUGCAUCUUUAUUAGUUUGUAUUUCAUAGUGUUGAAAUAACAAUAUUCCGCUUACUUCUAAUAUAAAUAUACUAAAAAAAUCAUCAUUACGUUAUCUUCAACUUCCUCAAACAAUUUAUACCGAACUACUACAAUAACAUUACCUGAUCCUUCAAGCCGAAUAAGAAUCUAUUUAAGGCUUGAAAGACCAGAAAGUGUAAUUGUUAGUAUUUAUAAAUUGUGUGUUACUUAAAUUAGAGUUAUAUAGUGAAAAAUAUAAUGAAAAUGAGUAUCUGUAAUGAUGUAAUUUAACGAUAAAUAUGGAUAGUUUCGUGAGGGUCAAGUUAAAUUGAAUUCUUGUCUAGAACAACAUUUAACGGAGUAAAAUAACAAUCUAAACACAAUUUUUAUUCUAAUACUGUUGAAGACUUUGAAUGUGAACGUUUUGUUGUCGUUAACGAUUUUCAUUUUCUUAAUCGGUAAGGAAUUUAUAAAUACAUAGUUGUUACGUUACUAUUUUACCUCGUUAAAGUUUUUACAUCGCAACAAGUCUUAAACAAGGGCAAGGAACUAUUCGGUUAACAUAUACACCAAUACUAGUAGCUAAUAUUUAUACGUGUUAAAAUUUUGAACAAACAAAUAAAAUUGAAUGAAUUAC